CCGAGUAUUCACUGAAUCAAAACCUUUGCAGCUCUUCUCUUCUCAAUCCCCUUCCUAAAACCCUAACCAACCCCUUCUCCGCCUUCCCAAAAUUCCAUUUUUCAAUCUAUACACACACACACCCAUAUUGUAUAUCUAUAUGUAUCGUCAAUGCAGAGAACCAUGAAUGUUUGUGUUUACAUUGAAAAUGGAAUCAACUCUUGAAUCAACCACUAUAUGGUUCUUUGCUCAGAGGAUGUUAAUUUUUGUUCGCGGCCUUUUUGGCAUCGGACGCAGAAGCUCUCAUCGCCUAACCCUCUUCUUGUCAUCUGCUCCAAGUCCUAAUCUUUCUUUCAAUGUUUCACAAUCUUUCUUGAUCCGGGUCAGUAAUUUUUUCUGUUUUUUUCAAUGCUCAUUUGGGUCUAAACCAUGUUUCGAUAGUUUUGGUCAAGUUUUUGAUGGACAAUUUUUAUGUAAAAUUGUGAGAGAAGACAAGUGGGAUGAUUGUAGGAUUGUUAGUUUGUUUAAUUCUGCUUUAGCUCCCAUCUGGGUUUCUAGAAUUUUGGUGGAAUUGAAGGGAGACCCAAGAUUAGCUUUGAAGCUGUUUAAAUGGGCUGAAAGGAGAAUUGGGUUUCGCCAUACGACUGAGUCGUAUUGUAUACUUGUUCACAUACUGUUUUGUUCAAGAAUGUAUAGUGAUGCUCAAGAUAUUCUUAAGGAUUUAAUUACUUCGACUCGGUUUUUGCUGGUUUGUGAUGUAUUUGAUGUAUUGUGGUCGACAAGGAAUGUUUGUGUUCCGGGUUAUGGAGUAUUCGAUGCGUUGUUUAGUGUGUUGGUUGAGUUGGGAAUGCUGGAGGAAGCGAGUGAGUGCUUUUUGAGGAUGAAGAGAUUUAGAGUUUUUCCGAAAGUGCGUUCUUGUAAUUAUCUUUUGCAGAGGCUUUCGAAGACGGGGAAAGGUGAAUUGUCGAGGAAGUUUUUUAAUGAUAUUGUUGUCUCUGGAGUAAUGGCAUCUGUGUUUACAUUUAAUAUAAUGAUAGAUUAUAUGUGUAAAGAAGGGGAUUUGAAAACUGCAAGAAGCUUGUUUGAACAAAUGAAGGACAUGGGUGUUGCACCAGACAUUGUUACUUAUAAUUCUCUUAUUGAUGGGCAUGGAAAGCUUGGACAAUUAGAUGCCUCUAUUAGUAUUUUUGAAGAAAUGAAGACUGCAGGUUAUGUCCCUGAUGUGAUAACAUACAAUGCUUUGAUCAAUUGUUUCUGUAAAUAUGAAAGAAUGCGAGAGGCAUUUGAGUUUCUCCAUGAGAUGAAGGAAAGUGGUUUGAAACCAAAUGUUGUGACUUACAGCACCUUCAUUGAUGCUUUUUGCAAGGAAGGGAUGAUGCAGGAGGCAAUCAAGUUUUUUGUGGAUAUGAUACGAGUUGGUCUUAUGCCAAAUGAAUUCACAUAUACUUCUCUGAUAGAUGCAAAUUGUAAAGCGGGUAAUCUUGGUGAUGCUUUAAAGCUUGUCAAAGAGAUGUUACAGGCAGGUGUCGAGCUGAACAUUGUUACGUAUACAGCUUUACUUGAUGGUCUAUGUGAAGAAGGGAGGAUGAAGGAAGCUGGAGAAGUUUUUAGGGCAAUGCUGAAAGCCAAGGUAGCUCCAAACCAGCAACUCUAUACUGUCCUUGUUCAUGGGUAUAUGAAGGCAAAACAGAUGGAGAAUGCCAUUGAUAUCUUGAAAGAAAUGAAAGGAAAGAGCAUCGAACCAGAUUUGUUGAUGUAUGGAACUAUCAUCUGGGGUCUCUGCAAACAAGGAAAGGUCGAUGAGGGUAAAGCUUUAUUUUACGAAAUGAAGGCAUGCGGUAUAGAAGCAAAUCAUGUUAUAUACACAACACUUAUGGAUGCCUAUUUUAUGGCAGGAAAAGCCACAGAGGCAUUAAAUCUGCUACAGGAAAUGCAGGAAUUAGGUAUUGCCCCUACAGUUGUUACAUAUUCUGUAUUAAUUGAUGGUUUGUGCAAAUUGGGAUCAGUUCAGGAGGCUAUUGAUCAUUUCCAUAGGAUGCGGGACAUUUGUUUGCAACCAAAUGUUGUGGUUUAUACAGCCCUAAUUGAUGGUCUUUGUAAAAAUAAUUGCAUGGAAACUGCCAGAGAGCUGUUUGAUGAAAUGCUGGACAAGGGUAUGCUUCCAGAUAAAACUACUUAUACAUCAUUGAUUGAUGGGAACUUAAAGCAUGGGAAUAUCCAAGAAGCCUUGGAUUUGCAAAAGAGAAUGGAAGAAACUGGUGUGGAGCUUGAUCUUCUUGCUUACACUUCUUUGAUUUUGGGGAUUUCCAAAUUGGGUCAAGUGCAACAAGCAAGGAAUUUACUUAGUGAGAUGAUUGAGAAAGGUGUCGUUCCUGAUGAGGUUGUUUAUGGUUGUCUGGUGAGGAAGUAUUAUGAUCUAGGCAAUGUUGAUGAGGCUCUUGAGUUGCAAAACGAAAUGGUGAAAAAGGGUCUGAUUAGUAGCAUAGGUGAUUAUGCUGUGCCUAAUGUUCAAACUUGAGAAAAUCUAAGUGCUAGUUGAUCCUUGUUGGUGUUGUAUUUAUGCCUUGAAACAGGAAAAGAUGAUAUUUUGUGGUUUCUUGGCUGAGAAGAAUUAGAACCAAAGAAACACGAAAUUCACAGAGUUCAGAUUAAUGGGAGAAUGACAUGUAUUUGUCAAAAAUAAAAAUAAAAAUGGGAGAAUGGCAUGUUCACAACUUUUGGUUGAUGCUGGUUGUGCAAAUGGGCUGUCCUUGGGUGGCUUUUGGAGCGUACAUGGUCAUUGUCAGUCUUAUAAUGCAAAAUUUGCUGUGAAGUUGACAUGUAGGCGUAGUGCAGAGUUACUAUCAGGAAGGGAUUGGAGUUUUGUUUUUCUCAUCCAAACCUUUUCAAUCUUUUUAUGAGCUGGCUGGAUUUAAAAUUGGAGUGAUCUUACUCUAGUUUCCUAUUGCAAUGGGGUUAAUGAAGUGAAAGUUUAUCACUUGUUAGGGAAAGGACCUUGCUGCCAAUUAGUGCUCAGGAUUUUUUGAAAGUUUAUUUGGGAUGUGGCAGUGAUUUCAGCGCCUGUUUGUUUUCUCGGAGGAGACCCUUUUAUGAUUUCUGAUAUUGCUACUAUUCUUUUGGAAGUUUACCCCUUAUUGUCGCUGGUUGGUUGUCUGGAGUUGACAUUUUGAACCCCCACCCUAAUUUGCUCUUCGAGUUUCUGACAUGGUGGUACUAGUACUGCACUGCCCGUCUUGUGUUGCUGCUGCUUUGUGAAAAAGGCCUUGAGCAAUGUCACCCGUGAUUCUUUUAGCCAGUGUGUUCCAGCAAGUUGUAGGGAGCAGCUCCAUAACCAGCAAGGUAUUCUUCUACAAACACGUGCAAAUACAGUUGGUCUGGUUUUGUUGAUUAUAUACGUACACUUACCUGAAUUUCGGGUUAGGUAGGGUUUUUUUUUUUUUUUUUUUUAAAAAUUUGGAGCAGGAAAGCUAAGCUAAUUGUAUAAUGAAGGGCCUUGGAUCUGUUGUCGAUCAUUUUAGGAAGGCAACUAAGCUAACUGUCCUGAUGUACAUAUGAUUUGACAUGUUCAAUCUAUUACUCUCCUAGAGGUGAAGAACAAUGUUGUAUUGCCUCAAAAGCUGAAGUUAUUAAUAUGCUGUGGAGUUUGUAAUUUGUUUAUAAUUAAUGAAGUUCUUUAUCAAUUCCCUCUAA